AGAUGAAGCAGAUAAAGCAUUAAAGAUAGCGACUACCAUGGAACAAUUAACGUUAAUCGAUGUGGAAAAUAAUAUCAAAUACAAUUUAGCCAUAUCAGCAGAAGACGCUGAGAAAGCAAGAGUCACAUAUUUCUUUGAUAUGAUGUUCAAAUAUUCAUCUUUUGCAUAUUGUUUUCCAUAUUUUUGGGUUAGAUUAUAUCUGUUUUGUGUUUACUUUCUCUGCUAUUGGCAUUGAAACUCACCAAAAUAUUGUUCCAAUUUGAAACCUAUAUUUGUGCUGAUAACAUGCUUAGCAAAAUUGGAACGAUGUUGGUAGCUUGCUUUCAUAUGACGACAUACUUGCAGCGCUGACAGUAAAUUUGGAACACAGCCUUAGGGCCGGUUGUUCCGCUUUCAGGUAAACUAUCGGGUAAUUACGACAUGCGACACAGCCUGUGCGACUAUUGUAGACGAGGCUUUAUAUACAUAUAUAGUGCAGAAACCGAGGAAUAGUAAUUGUUCUAUUAAAAAUAAGAAUUUAGAAAUUUUAGAAAUAUGAGCAACUCUAUUGUUCCAAGUAAAUCGACUGUUUAUAUAUCGAAUCUACCAUUUUCUUUAACAAACAAUGAUAUAUAUCAGCUAGUGGAGAGUUAUGGAAAAAUUGUCAAAAUAACUGUAUUAAAAGAUAAAAUAACGCGACGGAGUCGCGGAGUCGCAUUUGUGUUAUUUCUCAAAAUAGAGGAUGCUGUAUCUUGUGCAAAAGCUUUGAAUAACACUGAGAUACUUGGUCGUACUGUAAAAAGUUCAAUAGCAGUUGACAAUGGUCGUAGCACUGAGUUCAUACGUCACAGGGAUUAUCCUGAUAAAUCGCAAUGCUACGAGUGUGGACAAGAAGGACACUUGUCAUAUUGUUGCAAUAACAACAUGUUAGGUCCCAGAAAACCACCACCAAAGAAAGUCAAGACACGAAAGAAAACUACAAAGCAAGACACGUGCAAUAUGAAUUAUUCUGAUAGUGAGGAUGAAACGAUCAGAAAAUCAAAAUAUAACAAUGAUGAUACUGACAAUGAUACAGAAAAAGAAGAAGAAGAAGAAGACAUAGAAACAUUAAGCUCUGUUAUUGCAAUGGAGCAAAAACGAAUUAAUAUGGAACGUAGAGAAGAAAUAGACGAAUAUGAUAGAAAAGAAAAUUCGACUAUACCAAAGAAACGUUAUAAAAGAAAUACUUACUUCAGUGACGAAGAAGAUUUUAGUGAAUAACUUAUGUGUAAUAUAAAAUAAUGUAUAAAAGUUUGCAGUGCACAAUACUUUUCUGUGCUAGACAGCACAUAAGCAAAAAGUCGAUCAAUCAUAAUUUAAAAUUGAUUAAAAUACAAAUUGUUAUGAUACUUCUACACAUAGCACAAAGAAAAGCAUUUGUGUGUUGCAAGCUUAAGAUACAUAGACCUAGUUUACACCGAUCGGUUAAUACGUGUAUUAAGCACUAUUCGUAUUAAAUCAGCGUAUCAAGCACAUUUAUAAUGAUGUAAACACCAGAUUAUAUAUAGAAAAAUAAAUUUUGCGUGCCAAAAAGAGGUUACGGUGUAACAAGACCACAAUCUUGAAGAGAUAUUAAUAGUAUUGUACAAUCUUAUGUAUUGUAUAUUUUUUUGUACGUUUUAAUAAAACAGCUGGU